AUGUCGAUUUUUAUCCUGCUUUUAGCACUGUUUUUUGUCGUUCAAUCGGACGCUUAUUACGGCAGAUGGGGCUAUAGAGGCGAUAACUUUGCCGAUAUUUGGGCAGAUGGCUAUGGCAUGGGUGGCUGGGGUCCUUGGGGUCCUUGGGGUCCUGGCGGUAUGUGGGGUGACGGAGGAGGAGCAGAUUGUGCAGCACGUUGUGGUGGCUUUAGAAAUUGGAAAAAGUAG